CCCUGCCCCCGCCGGUGCCGCCGCCGGUGCCGCCGCCGCCGCCGCCGCUAUGGCGCGCACGGCCCCUGUGGAGCCCCCGCUGCGGCAUCCCGCGCCCCCCUCGCCAGCCGCGGGCGAGCCCCGCGCCUCGGUUGAGGCGGCGGCGGCCCCGCGGAGGGUGCUGUUCGCCGACGAGGCCCUGGGGCUGCCGCUGGCGCAGCUGCGCCGCUACCGGCCGUGGGGCGGGCCCGGGGCGGGCAAGAUGGCCGCGGCGACCGGGCAAGAUGGCGGCGGCGGCGGCGGCGGCGGGGCUGACGAGGACGACGAUGGCGAGGAUGGGGAUGAAGGGGAGGAGGAAGAGGAGGCCUGUCCCGAGCCCUCGCCGCUGUGCCCCGUCCCCGCUGGCGGGGGGUUUUACCUGGUGCCCACAUUUUCGCUGCCGCCCGCGCCGGGCCGUCUGGAGCGCUUGGGGCGCGUGAUGGUGGAGCUGGAGGCGCUGCUGCCGCCUCCCGGAGCGGUCCCCGGGGGUGUCGGGGUGUGGGUGCCUGGGGGACGCCCGCCGGUGCUGCGCGGGUUGGUGCGCGUGCUGAACCGCUCCUUCGAGAAGGCGGUGCACGUGCGGGCCUCACACGACGGCUGGGCUUCCUUCUGCGACCACCCAGCGCGCUACGUCCCGCGCAGCCCGCCGUGGGCAGGAGCAGGAGGCACAGGAGCAGGAGAUCCCAUCCUGGAUCCGGGUCUCGGCCUGGGGCCCGGCCAGGCAGCCGCCUCCUCGCCCGACGACGGCGGCCGCACCGACCGCUUUGCCUUCCAGUUGCCCUUUGCUGAGGGCGCGGGCGAUGGGGCGCGCCUUGACUUCGUGGUGCGCUAUGAGACCCCCGAGGGCACUUUCUGGGCCAACAACCACGGCCGCAACUACACAGUCCUGCUCCGGAUCGCACCCGCUCCCACACCCACUGAUGCCGAAGGGCUGCCCCAGCAGCAGCAGCUGGAGCCACAGCCCGAGUGCCAGGGUCCCGUGGAGGCAGAGGCCAGGCAGCUGAAGAGCUGCAUGAAACCGGUGAGGCGCAGGCCUGUUGAGGAAGAGCUGAGGAUGAAGAGCCUGGAUGAUAACGCCCCUGCUGUGGAGUGCCCUGAUGUUCAGGAGUCAGUGGGCCCUCUGGUGGCUCCCACCCCUCUCCGUCCAUGGCCCCAGAUGACACUGCAGGUUUCUGAAGUCACCAUGGCCGGCAGCCUCUCAGAACAAGGUGAUGUCCCCAGGAGCAGUCCACCUGUGGCUUUUACAGAGGUCCCCCAGGCACCAGCCAUCAGGAUCCCCCCUGCCUCCCUUCUCUGUGGCCUGAGCGGCUCCCCCAAGGACCAGGCCUCAGGGCCUGAUGCAAGUGAGGGGGCCACCGGGCCUUUCCUGGAGCCCAGCCCGCGACAGGUGGCAGCCACAUGGGAAGGAUCAAGUGAAAAUGGAGCGGGUCGAAAGGACCCCACGGUGGAGGCUGUUGUGGAUGAGCCCCCCGGGGGGCUGGAGGUUGUGAGUGGGUUGGAAGAGCUGCUUGGCGAGGACACCAUCGACCAGGAGCUGGAGCAGCUUUACCUGUCCCACCUGAGCCGCCUGCGGGCUGCUGUGGCUGCAGGUGGGGCAGGAGGCGGUGGGGAGGGCCCCACGGAUGGGGGCAUGUCUCCCAGCCAUCCCCUGGGCAUCCUCACAGACCGUGACCUGAUCUUGAAGUGGCCUGGCCCGGAGCGGGCCCUGAACAGUGCCCUGGCCGAGGAGAUCACGUUGCACUAUGCCCGCCUGGGGCGUGGCGUGGAGCUCAUCAAGGACACUGAGGACCCCGAUGAGGAGGGAGAGGGCGACGAGGGGCUUGCCCUGACGCCCACCAGCCCCGAAGGGGACAGCCCCAAGGAAUCGCCUCCAGAAAUCGUCUCGGGGGCCCGUUCUGUGGUAGCUGCCAUGGGAGAUGUGUGGCUCCCCUGGGCGGAUGGCUCAGCGUGUGACAGCUCCGUGGUUCUGGGUACAGAGGGUCAGUUCACUGGGGAGGCAGAGAACGGGCGGGGCAAGGACACUGACUCUUUGUGCACUGACAGGGUGAUAGCUGGGGUGACCCGGUCCCCAGGGGAAGCUGGGACCUGGGCCCGCAUGGAGGUUACCACUGGGUGGGCAAGCAGCUUGGUUUCUUUACCUGGCAGGGAGCAUGCUGCUCUGGCCCUUCUGCAGGGGCAAAAUCCCAGCCCCCUCGAGCCCUCGGGGGCUGAAGUCUGUUAUUCUAAUGUGGCCAGGCCUCAUGGAAGCUCCCAGAAUGAAGAGGGUACAGGCCUGAGCCUGGAGCCCCCAGAGAGGUCCCCUACCCUGGCAGCCCCUGCAGAGAGUGUGUGUGCAGUGCCUCCCCAGCUCCGGGGGCCCUUGACCCAGACUCUGGGGGUCCUGGCCGGACUGGUGGUGGUCCCUGUGGCUCUGAACAGUGGCGUGUCCCUCCUGGUGCUUGCACUGUGCCUCUCUCUGGCCUGGUUCUCGUAGGGGCUGCAUGUGGGAACAGCAAUAACAGGUGUCCCCCCUCCUAUCUGGGUUCUGGGGGAGGGGCAGCCCCUACACCACCCCAGAGGGAUGAGAUGGGACCUGUGGCCUGUGCAGUAAGUGGACCUCGGCCCUUUGCUUCUGAGAAUGCUUGACUGGAGAGGCCUUCCCGCCCCACUCCUGAGCUCUCCACCUGGUGUGGGCUCCUGCAGCGAUAUGAUACAGAUACCGAUGGAGAAGAACCUGGGGCCGGUGGAUGAUGUGAGUGAGAAUUUCUAGAAUGGAACUGGGCAUGUCCCCCUCCCCCCACCCCACCCCUCACCCCAUCCCCUGAGCCUGUAUUUAUUUUUGUAUAAUUCUCUGGACGAGGGAAGAGUGGUCGUGAGCUGGUCUUGGGGCACAAUUACCCAGAGAUAUAUUUAUUAACAGCCAACCUGUGCAAGCUGCUGGAGCUUUAUUUUUAAUUUAAUUUAUAUAGAGUACCUAUUAUUAUAUGCCACAAUAGAGCUCUAUGAGAAAUGA